AUGGACAGGGUGGACUUUGCAAAAUCUGCACGUGCGGUAAAGCCUGAGAAUCACGUAACGGUAAUGGGCGUGUUAGCGAUGUCACCGUACCGAGAACUUUUUCCAACUUGGUUGCGCCACAGUGGUCGCCCUGAUCGCAGUAGGAACGAGAACCUUGUAUGA